AUGAGUUUUCUCACGCAGAGGCAGGCAGAGCCCCUGGAAAAAACAACAGCAGGCAGAGGGACGCACAAAAGCCGCCUGUCCCUCGGCCGCCGCAGCCUGAGGCGCUGCCGCCUCUCCCCCCCCCCAGCCGGACCCGGUCCCUCUCCGCCUCCCCCCAUCGGGCACAGCGACCCGCGGUCCCUCCCUGCCUGCCCGAGGCGUUCGGAAAUCGAGCCCGGCAGGCGCCUGAGGCCUGGCGAAGCACAAAGCGGGCAGAGCUCUCCCGCCCUAUUGUUCCCCGCACCCCGCGGCGGAGGCAGCGCACUCACCACGCGGGCCGGGCUUCCUGCAGCGCCCACCGGCCCCCUCAGCUCCGGCACACCGGGGCUGCCACCGCGCCCUGCUGCUGCUCCUCCAGUGGUACCCGCGGGCCCCGGGGCAGCGCCGCCAUCGCCCGCCGCCACCCCGCUGCCACUCCGGCAGCGGCCAUCUUGUGCGUCGACUGCUCCUCUCACCGCCCACCUCCCUCGCUCCCUCCCUCUCUCUCUCGCCCUCCGCACCACCCGCCCCUUCCUGCGCCCGCCUUCCCCCACAGCCGGGACGGGGAGAAACAGCCGAGUCCCGGCCUGGAGCCCGGGAGGGCAGGAUGGGGGAACUAUGGCCCGUCUCGGGGAGGGUACCUCGCGCUCCGUCAGGGACGGUCUCCAAUGUCAGAUGCCGUCCUCCUUUCAGGCUACUUGGAAUGCAAAGAUCUGUGUAAAUAUACCCUCUGACUGCAGCUGCUGUGGAAAAAGAAGAAAUGAUAAGGCAGCAGGUGAAAGGAGCAGCAUUUACAGAAGAAAAAAAGGAAAUCUACUGAAGGAAGGAAAUCAGGAAGUUGAAUGAAAUUUAGCAAUACUGGAAUUGGCUCUUAUUUCCAGACAGAAAGAGACAGUAUUUGUGGUUUGG